CCAUAAUAUAUGUUUUCCUUUAACAUUCUUUUAGCUGUAUAAUUUGUUUCCCAAGUUGGGGUUCCUUUUGAGGGCUCAUAAAACAAUAGUGAAGAAUCAAAAGGAGAUCCAUGAUUUCAUACAUACCACCUUCAUAGACUAUCUCCAAGACCUUGAUGAAAAUGACCAGAGGAAUUUUAUUGAAUCAUUUCUUGUUCAGCAGAAACAGGAAAAUAUGAAGAUGGCACCUGGUGGAUAUUUCCAUAAUGAAAAUCUUAUAGGCGUUGUAGAUGAUUUAUUUGGUGCUGGUACAGACACAGUGGGAAACACUCUGCGCUGGGCCAUACUUCUAAUGAUGAAGUACCCAGAAAUCCAGAGCAAGGUCCAAGCAGAAAUUGCAAGAGAGAUUGGUGAUAUCCAACCAAGGACUGGCCACCGGGCCAAAAUGCCUUACACUGAUGCCGUACUUCAUGAAUGUCAAAGAUUUGCUAACAUUGUUCCCUCCAAUUUGCCACAUGCAACCACUAUGGACAUAACUUUCAAAAACUUCUUUAUCCCCAAGGGCACACACAUCAUUCCCUUGCUGACUUCUGUGCUCCGUGAUGAAUCCCAGUGGGAGAAACCUCAUGAAUUCUACCCUGAACAUUUUCUUGACUCAGAAGGAAAAUUUGUGAAAAGGGACGCAUUCAUGCCAUUUUCUGCAGGUCGGAGAGUAUGUGCAGGUGAAAACCUUGCCAAAAUGGAGCUCUUCCUCUUCUUUACUAACCUCCUCCAGAGAUUUACCUUCCAGCCACCUUCAGGAACAUCGAAAGAUGACCUGGACCUGACCCCUGUUGCUGGGAUUACCUCCAUUCCUAUGCCAUUCAAGACCUGUGCUAUGCUACACUGAUUCAAAAAAAAAAUUAUAACGAGCUGUUUUCUCAGUCUUGAAAUGCCUUCAUUUGACGGAGGCAAAAUUUAACAAUAACAUUCAGUAUUGUCUAGGUUUUAGAACACAGGUAUCAAACUUGAUCAUGUCACGUGACAUAUCAUGACUUUUUUGUGAAGCUGGGGUGGGCUUAUUCUGCACAUGAGACAUCUGGUGGGCCACCAGACCUGUUUUAGAAGAUGACUUUUAAUAAUCUAUAAUAUCAUGGAAUGUGGAUUAUGAUAUGAAAUAGAAAGGAAAUCAUGAAAAGCACUUUUCUUUUUGAACCAUUUGUUUCCUUAGCUUUUUACUAAUCUUUUGUCGUCUUCAGGUUUUUGUAUCAUUUGAUUUAAUUAAGAAUUAAUAAAGUCAGUAAUCAUUCUGCUUUUGAUGAAUGUUACCUUGAAGGGUACAAUAUUCCACAAUGUUACAGAGACUGGGAGCCAUGGCAGAAAAGGCUCUUCUCCUGGAUGUCACCAGCUGGAAGUCUUUGAUCAACAGGAUCUGCAGGGUGUACUUUUUCCAGUGCAGAUUGGGUGGGCCAAUCCAAUUGUGUGAGACAGUUCCUUAAGUUAACCUGGACCAAUGACAUAAAGGACUUAAUAGCUAAUAACAACACCCUGAAAUGAUUUUGGCAACCACUUUUGGCAACUUACACAACAACAUUUAAAAUGGGCCACCCUAGUGGCCCCAAGAAUUGUCCAUUUGUCUGCAUUCUGUGCCAGCUGUAGCUUCCAAAUAGUCUUUAAGGAUUGCUCCAUGUAAAGCACAUUUGUAAUAGUCCCUAUGUAAGAUGACCAAGCCUGAGUGACCAAGCACUGAGACUGCCAAUCCAAAAAAUGGUACAACUGGUGCACAAUGGUACAAAGUUGCACAAAGGCUCUCCUAGACAUAACUGUGACUUG